AUGAUUGUGAAUAACUUUGUUCUAUUUGUUAUAUUUUGUGAAUUAGCUAUAGAGGUAUUCUCUGGUUUCAGGAAAGCGAACGUCCUAGGUAAAGUCGUGAUACCAAGAUUGAAUGUGACGACUGAUUAUAUAAACUCUGAAUUAGAAGAGAAGGAGAGAGAGGAAGUUUUCCGUCUAAAGAGAGUUAAACAAAAGAAAGACUUUGAUAAGAAACAAGAAGAGAAUAAGAGGAGGCAGGACAGUGCUGAUAGAAAGGCUCUCGAACAAGGAAUCCUCCCUGACGAUAAAGAAGAUGCGAAAAAACCUUCGCCAACCCCAGCCGCACCAAGCCCUAAAGAUUCCUCAUGA